AUGAUGAACAAGACGUCCAGCAGUAUGUUUGCAAACAGUAAAAAGCAAAAACGAGUGACAUCUUUCUUUGGUUCCAAAAUGCCCAAUAAGCGACCAAGGAGCCAUUCAAAAUCUAUCCAAGAAGAGCGGAGCCGCUUUGGAAGCUGUCCACUGUGCAGUCAAAGCUUCCCUCUUCACAGCUUGGAAUCCCAUGCUGCUUUGUGCAAUGGUGAAUCAGCAGAAAAAUCCACGGUAUCUCCUCAAAAGCCAAUCCCAAAGCCAUCCUCUGAACCAAUUCCCGGACUAUAUUUGUACGAAAACUUCAUCAGCGAGGAAGAAGAGACCGAAAUACUGAAGCAUUUGGAUACAGAAUCCAUGCAAUGGAAGACGUCUAGAUUCAAUGGACAUCAAUUUGGCAAACGCUGGGGCGUACACUGUAAUUUGAGAGAUCGAAGAGUAAAUGCGGCUGAAAACACAUUGCCGGAUUUCAUUCAACAGAUCUUGGUCCCAAAGUUGAAAGACCUCCCUCCUGUGAAAGGAUGUUUGCCAAAUGAAGCCAAUGCCAUUGACUACCGACGAAAGCAAGGUCAUUGGCUCAAAUCCCAUGUGGAUGAUCGAAAACUUUCCAAAGAACCAAUUUGCAACUUGAGUUUGGCGGGAGACUGUUACAUGACCUUUCGAAAUGAAGCCAUGCACCGGAAUUUGGCUGUGAAAGAACAGAAGGUUUUGUUGAAACGUAGGUGCCUACAAGUACUGACGGGGAGCGCAAGGUACGAUUUUUCACAUGCAAUAGCAAAUCCGGAUCUACUAAGCGAUCGAAGGGUUUCUAUCACCAUGAGAGAGUCUCCAUUGACAGUGUUGGCUCCAUCCCAAUCGAAACUGAACGAAGUUUCGGUCAAAAAGCCCAAGUCAUAA